CGCCCCAAGUCCUGAACCCCCUAAAACCAAAAUCACCUCUUUUACUUGCCCGCCUUUCCUGUGCUCCACUUUCUCCUUUCUUCCUCCCUGGUUGCUGCUCCUCUGAUCACUCAUGGCGUCUUCCGCUCUCGCUCCUCCUACUCCUCGUUCAGGGGGCAGUGGUGAAAUCCAGAGCAUGCGGAGCAGUGCCGCUUUUGGGACUUCCUGUGGAGGGGAUUUUGAUGUGCCAACUUCCCAUUUACAUACACAAUACAAGAAGAGAAGAAUCUCGCCUGACAGGGAAUUGAGAGAGGCAGAAGCCUUAUUGCCCAUUUUAACCGCACCAGAUUACUACAUUAAGCCUUGUUUGGCUGAUUUGGCCGCUAGGGAAAUUUCAGAUCCUGGUUAUUGCAGUCGAGUUCCGGAUUUCACGGUUGGGAGGUUUGGUUAUGGUUGUGUCAAGUUUCUGGGGCAGACUGAUGUUAGGUUGUUGGAAGUUGAUCACAUUGUGAAGUUCUACAGGCAUGAAAUUGUUGUAUAUGGGGAUGAAAGUGUUAAGCCUGCAGUUGGUCAGGGGCUCAACAAGCCUGCUGAAGUAACUCUGAAUUUGAAAGUUAGACCUUUACACCCAAAUAAGGAACAGCUUCAAGAUCUUGUGGAGAAAUUGAGAAAGAGCAUGGAGAGGCAAGGAGCCCGCUUCAUUUCGUUUGACCCCACGAAUGGUGACUGGAGGUUUUCGGUCCAACAUUUUAGUCGUUUUGGAUUGACCGAAGAUGAUGAAGAAGACAUCACAAUGGAUGAUGUUGAGGAAGUUAAUGAUCCUUCCAGGGUGAAUAAAGAUGCAGAGAUUCUUGAGGAAAAUGGGGAAGCCGAAGAGGAAAUUGAGCCUACAGGGCCUAUGCUUUAUCACUCUCUUCCAGCGCAUCUUGGCCUUGACCCUAGAAAGAUGAAAGAGAUGAAGAUGUUGAUGUUUCCAUCUGAGGAUGAGGAUGGGGUUGAAAAUUUGAAUGAUCUCUCUUAUCCCAAGAUGUCCAGAAGUAAAGAGUACAUGAAGCGUUCUUUGCUGAAUGCCUCGGAGAGGAUGACUCGCAGAUCUAGUCCACCUGCAGUGAGGAAAACACCAUUGGCUGUGCUCGAGUACAAUCCUGCUGGUAUUGACUCUACUUCUCCUGGAAAUAUAUUGAUGGCCCAACAAAAGAUGGCAUUGCCUUUAAACCCAAUUAGGGGGGAUGGCUUCAAGCUCAAAUUGGACCGCCAGACACCAGUAACUGGAAGCCAUUCUCGCAACAUAGUUGAUGCUGGGUUAUUCAUGGGCAAAUCAUUCCGUGUCGGAUGGGGUCCAAAUGGUGUUCUUCUUCAUUCUGGUGCUCCUGUAAGUAGUAGCAGCUCUGAAAGAUGGUUAUCUUCUGUCAUAAAUGUCGAGAAAGUUAGCAUUGACAAAGUGGUUAGCGAUGAAAAUGAUAAAACCAGAAAGGAACUUGUUGACUGUGCUUUUGGUGCCCCUUUCAACCUCCACAAAUCGUUAAAUCGUGACAUCAAACAAGUUCAUGUAGGUUCAUUUACACUGAAACUUCAGAAGGUGAUUACUAAUCGGCUGGCUCUUGCUGAAAUUUGUCGGAAUUAUAUAGAUAUAAUUGAGAGACAGCUGGAGGUUCCUGGAUUGUCUUCAUCCUCACGUCUGGUUUUGAUGCACCAAGUCCUGAUCUGGGAAUUGGUGAAAGUUCUUUUCUCUGUAAGGGAAAAUGUUGGGGGACCAAAUUCUUUAGGUGCUGACAAUGAGGAAGACAUGAUGCCAGAUGUUAAAGAAGGGUCUCCAGAAAUUGACGAGGAAUCACUUCCUCUUAUUAGGAGAGCAGAGUUCAGUUGUUGGUUGCAAGAAAGUGUAUGUCAUCGUGUUCAAGAGGAUCUGAGCUCUUUGGAUGAAUCCAGUUAUCUCGAACAAAUCUUCAUACUCCUUACUGGGAGGCAGCUGGAUGCAGCGGUCGAAAUGGCUGUUUCUAGAGGAGAUGUCAGAUUGGCGUGUUUGCUUAGUCAGGCUGGUGGAUCAACUGUUAAUCGUGCUGAUGUUGCACGACAACUUGAUCUUUGGAGGGCCAAUGGACUAGAUUUCAAUUUUGUUGAGAAAGAGAGGACAAGGAUCUAUGAGUUGCUUUCUGGUAAUAUUCACAAUGCUUUGCAGGGUGUUCAAAUUGACUGGAAAAGAUUCUUAGGGUUGCUGAUGUGGUAUCGUCUGUCGCCUGAGACACCAUUGCCAGAUCUUUUCAAAAAUUAUGAACUCCUCCUCGAUGAAGGUAAAGCUCCAUAUCCUCUUCCAAUUUAUGUAGAUGAAGGACCAGUUGAGGAGGAAAUAGGUGAUACAGAAAAGAACUUUGAUCUCACAUACUAUCUCAUGCUUCUGCAUGCCAACGGGGAGGGUAAAUUUGGCUCUCUGAAGACCAUGUUCACUACUUCAUCUUCAACAUAUGAUCCACUAGACUACCAUAUGAUUUGGCAUCAAAGAGCAGUUCUGGAGGCAGCUGGUGUCUUUACUUCUAAUGAUCUUCAAGUGCUUGACAUGGGAAUUGUUUCCCAGUUAUUGUGCACUGGACAAUGUCAUUGGGCGAUUUAUGUGGUGCUUCACAUGCCACAAUGUGAUGAUUAUCCUUAUCUACAUGCUACUGUAAUUCGGGAAAUUUUGUUUCAGUAUUGUGAAACUUGGAGUUCAGACGAAUCACAAUACCAAUUCAUUCAGAACCUUGAAAUUCCAUCGGAGUGGCUGCAUGAAGCUAUGGCAGUAUAUUUCAAUUACCAUGGGGAUCUGUCAAAGGCCCUUGAGCACUUCCUUGAAUGUGCACACUGGCAGAAGGCUCACUCUAUUUUUACAACUUCAGUCGCUCAUACACUGUUUUUGUCUGAUAAGCAUUCAGAAGUUUGGAGACUUGCUACUCAUAUGGAGGAACACAAAUCUGAAAUUGAAAACUGGGACUUGGGAGCUGGAAUCUAUAUUUCCUUCUUACAGCUUAAAAGUUCAUUUCAAGAGGAUAACAAUACCAUGAACGAAAAGGAUCCUCUUGAGAGCAAGAAUUCUGAAUGCAGGGGAUUCCUUAGUCAGCUUAAUGAAUCUUUAGAGACUUUGGGCAACAGAUUGCCAACCGAUGCAAGGAUUGCAUACUCAAAGAUGGCCGAGGAGAUAUCCGAGUUGCUGCUCUCGAUAAGUAGUUGGGGAGAAUCACGGGAUGCCCAGUUGAGCUGCUUUGAGACAGUUCUUACGGCUCCCGUUCCUGAAGAUCUUUGUUCAAACCAUCUGCAAGAUGCUGUCUCGCUCUUUACAUGUUAUCUCUCGGAGAUGGCCACUCAAUCCGUCUAGGCUCGAAGCUCUUGAGUUUCUCGCAUUCACACCUUGCUUCCUUCACAUGCGUGCCAGGAGUUGGGACUUAACUUUAGGAUCGCGAUUCCUUGAUUGCCAUGUUUGCUGAUUUUUCCUUUCCUCUUCUUGAUUGAGCAAGCUCAUGUUGUGUUCCUGGCACGCAACAUUACCACAGCGUAACCUUUGAAUUUUGUAAUGGCUUGUCAUAUCUCAAAUUGUAAAAGAGAUAUGGUUACUUAACAGGAGGCUACGAAAAUAGGAAUGAAUUUUUUGUAAACAAGAGAAUGCUGAAAAUCAGAAUUGAAUUAUAACGUACAACAUAUUUGGC